AUGACCGAAAAGCGUCCCGCCAGCGACGAGCCCGGCUCGUCUCAGUCGCUUGUAAAGCGACAGAAUGUUAACUCUUCUACAGGCGCACUGGCACGCCUUAACGCGUCAAGCAAUGCGUUGGUACAGUCUGCACCGAGAACAAGCGCGCUGCAAGCUCCUGUCAUGGAACUUUCAGGGCAUUCGGGCGAGAUCUUCGCAGCCAAAUUCGACCCAACAGGCAACCUGAUUGCUUCUGGUGGAAUGGACAGAUCUUUGAUGCUCUGGAGAACCUACGGCGAUUGCGAAAACUACGGCAUAUUGAAUGGCCAUCGGGGUGCCAUUCUGGACCUGCAAUGGUCACGCGACUCAGAAAUUCUAUACAGUGCCUCCGCUGAUAUGCAUCUUGCGAGUUGGGAUUUGACGUCAGGCACGCGAAUCCGCAGAUAUGUUGGACACGAGGAGAUUAUCAACACAGUGGGCAUCAGCAGACGAGGAGAAGAAAUACUUGUCAGUGGUAGCGACGACUCGACCAUUGGAAUCUGGGAUCCGCGAUCGAAGAAUGCUGUCGACUACAUUCAGACCGAAUUCCCUAUUACUGCUAUUGCUGUGUCCGAGGCAGGUAACGAGAUAUAUGCGGGAGGUAUCGACAACGAUAUUCGAGUUUGGGACCUGCGAAAGAAGUCGGUGGUAUAUUCCAUGCUAGGCCAUUCAGACACCGUCACUUCACUGAGGGUUUCACCAGACUCUCAAUCGCUUGUCUCAUACGCCAUGGACUCUACUGUACGAACAUGGGAUAUCCGACCUUUCGCGCCUACAGAAAGACACAUCCGAACAUUUGACGGCGCGACAAUGGGCAUGGAGAAGAACCUGUUGGGAGCAAGCUGGGACUCGGACGGCAAGAGAAUUGCUGCAGCGUCGGGCGAUGGAACAGUCAUGGUCUGGUCAAGCGAGACAGGCAAACUCGCUUACAAGCUGCCUGGUCACAAGGGCACUGUCAACUGUGCUGAGUUUUCGCCUGGAGAUGAGCCUAUCCUACUUUCCGCAUCGUCGGACCGCACGAUGCUUCUUGGCGAGCUAAAAUGA